AUGCGUCCCUGGAUUGUAUAUAACUGUUCCUCAGAAAGCAAGACAGCAUCUGAGGGAGAUCCAGCUCAGCUGUCCACCACUUCUGCCCAUCCAGGAGAAGAACAUCGCAAGGUAAACCAGAAGAUGGCUCUCCUCACUUACUUCAGCUUCAGUCUUCUUGGCAUCUUCUUCGCUGGUCCUUUCUUUCAAGUGGAGGCUGACACCUGUGCCAGGGAAUGGCUGCAAAACCAAGGAAACUGCUAUGCAUAUUUUGAUCAGAAGCUGACAUGGCAUGAAGCUGAGAUUGAGUGCCAGAGCUAUGGCCGUGGAGCCCACCUUGCCUCCAUCCUUACCAAAGCAGAGACUCUCCUGGUGGCUGAACAUGUCUCCACUUAUCAACGGGAAUUCAGUAAUGUCUGGAUUGGACUCCAUGAUGUCCGUCAGACUGGGAAGUGGAGAUGGGCUGAUGAAUCCACUUACAACUACAAAUCCUGGAUGAACUACCAGCCAGAUAACUACGACAAAAAUGAGCACUGUGUGGAGCUGCGACGAUCCACAGGCUUUAAACUAUGGAACGACAUUCAAUGCAACACACGUAAUGCUUACAUCUGCAAACAUGAGUUGUAAAGAUGACUGAAGCUUCUCCCUGUAUUUCCCAGGAUACUGAUGUGAUGGGCUGCCUUCUCACU